UCCACUGCUGGCAGUUGAGGCUGGGAAUUCGGGGCGCGGCCCGCUGGCCGCGGGGGUGCUCGGCCGGGAGCCGGAAGGACGGUUACGGGGCGAGGACUCCCCCGCCCCGCGCCUGCGGGGCGCACGAUGGUCCCCGUCGGGGGGCGGGCGGCCCUGCGCCGAGGUGUCCGCGGGGGCCGCGCUCUGUCCGAGGCCCUGGCCCCGGCGGCGGCCCCCUGAGCCCGGUGCGACGCCGGCCCGUGGCCCCGGCCGCGUGGAGGUGCGCGGCUUCGGUCCGCGCGCGGGAUCCAUGGCGGCCGCGGCGCCGACGGACCCGGCUGCGGCCUGUGUGACCUUCGAGGACGUGUUCGUGUACUUCUCCCGGGAGGAGUGGGGGCUCCUGGAUGAGGCUCAGCGGCGCCUGUACCGCGACGUGAUGCUGGAGAACUUCGCCCUCGUGUCCUCCCUGGGUUGCUGGCAAGAUGCCAACCAUGCGGCGGACCCUCCUGAGCAGAGCGCUUCUGCAGACGUGCCGUGGGACGGGACACCCGAGCCAGGUCCCUUUGUCCAGAGAGCCCACCCGUGGGAGGUGUGUGACCCGCUCCUCAAUGGCUCUGUGCCCCUGGGUGAUGUCCAGGGGUCGCACCCCACGCAGGAUCCGUGCACACGUGGCCCAGGGGCGAGAGGACCCUCGUGCCGUGCAGAGGCUGACCCGCACGAGGAGAAGCACAGCGCAGAGCGCCCCCGCGGCGGGGAUGGUGGUGGGGCCGCGUUGGGGAAGAGCUGUGCCGCCCACACGUCAGGGAGACCCUUCCCUUGCGGAGAGGACGGGAGGGACUUACUGGGCCGCUCUGGCCUCCGGCACCGGACCACUCACUGCGGGCUGAGCCCACGCAGGCGGCCCGGGCUCGCAGAGUCUCCCCUACACAGCGCCAGCCCCGGGCACCGCGGGGCACGGCUGCUCUUCAGCUGCAGGGACGACGGGGCCGCCUUCCCGAGCGCCUUUCCUCCGCCGGCCGAGCCGGGGCCUCCCUCCGAGGGGACAUGGGCUCUGACUCACCACAGGAGACGUCACGGUGCGGAGGCGGCACACGUGUGUGAGGAGUGUGGGAAGGCCUUCGCUCACCCAUCCCACCUCAGGGUGCACCGGAAACUGCACCCCGGGAGGAGGCAUCACACGUGCAGCGACUGCGGCAAGGCCUUCAGCCGCAAGGACACGCUGGCCCAGCACCGCAGGGUGCACACCGGGGAGCGGUCCUAUGACUGCAGCGAGUGCGGGAAGGCCUACAGCAGGAGCUCCCACCUGGUCCAGCACCAGCGCAUCCACACCGGGGAGAGGCCCUACAAGUGCGGCGAGUGCGGGAAGGCCUUCAGCCGCAAGGACACCCUCGCCCAGCACCAGCGGUUUCACACGGGAGAGCGGCCGUACGCGUGCAGUGAGUGCGGGAAGUUCUUCAGCCAGAGCUCCCACCUGAUUGAGCACUGGAGGAUCCACACCGGGGCCCGGCCCUACGAAUGCUUCGAGUGCGGGAAGUUCUUUAGCCACAACUCCAGCCUCAUUAAACACCGGAGGGUCCACACGGGCACCAGGGCCUACGUGUGCAGCAAGUGUGGGAAGGCUUUCGGCUGCAAGGACACACUCGUCCAGCACCAGAUCAUCCACACCGGGGCCAGGCCGUACACGUGCGGCGAGUGUGGGAAGGCCUUCAGCCGCAAAGACACCCUCGUGCAGCACCAGAAAAUCCACACGGGGGAGAGGCCGUACGAGUGCGGCGAGUGUGGGAAAUUCUUUAGCCACAACUCCAACCUGAUUGUGCACCAGCGGAUCCACACCGGAGCGAAGCCUUACGCGUGCAGCGAAUGUGGGAAACGCUUCAGCCACAACUCCAGCCUCAUCCUGCACCAGCGCGUCCACUCCGGAGCGAGGCCGUACGUGUGCAGCGAGUGUGGAAAAGCCUACAUCAGCAGCUCCCACCUUGUUCAGCACAAGAAAGUGCACACGGGAGCAAGGCCUUACGCGUGCAGCGAAUGCGGGAAGUUCUUUAGCCGCAACUCCAGCCUCAUCCUGCACCGGCGGGUGCACACUGGAGAAAAGCCUUACGUGUGCGGCGAGUGUGGGAAAGCCUACAGCAGGAGCUCCCACCUGGCUCGGCACCAGAAGGCUCACGCCGGAGCAAGGCCUCACGACCGCGACAGUUUUGGGGGCCCUUUGGCUGCGUCGCUUAGACUUGUGUAGCCCUGGGAGGCUCACACCAGAGAACAGCCUUAGGGAUGCGGGGUGUGUGCCGUCUCCGUGUUCGUCCUCAGCACUCGCACCAGAGGAAGCUGUGUGAGCACCUGGGCACAGGGAGCAUCAGCCUGCAGGCGAGCCCCGUACAUGCACGCACCAGCCUGGGACACGCCCAGCGAGUGCCGUGAGGUGGGAGUCUUCACGAGGGACGGUGCACAUUCCGAGCUGUCCAGUGCCUGAGGCAGGAGCCAUCGCUGCCGCCAGCUUCAGGGACCCACAGCGUGUCAGUCACUCCAGGAUGCUCAGGGAAGGCAGACCCCUGCACACGCUCUCAUUCCCUGGAGGGAAUCCGAGUGCUCCGAGCCAUGGAAGGUCCUCACAUCCCCUGACGGGGUUCUGAUGGACGUGGUCGAGCUCUGGCCACAGGAUCCGAGCGGGAGUCUGCUGGGGGUUCCCACACAAGGCUUCUCUUCUCCAAGUAGCAUGGGCUCUAAACAUGAGAGCCGUGUCAUUGGUCCUCUCCCACCUCCCACCAGUGGUCUGCUGCCCGGCUCUGGUCGGCUGCGGGACAGGCCUGCUGUGGCGGCUCCAGGAGGGCCUGCUCCUGGGGACGUCCAUUGAGAGGAACCUGAGUGCUGCCGGCGCGAAGGGAGGGACACCUUUGUUGGCACCAACCUCAUGUGCCUGAGAAGGGACAGCAGGAGGGACAGCAGGGGACGGGCCUCGGGCCCCUUUGGCCCAGUUUGCAUUUCUGUCCGGGGCUCGCGGGAAGCGACUGGAGACCGUCGUGUGCCUCCUCCUGCGGCCUGCAAGCCCAGGCUCCUGGAGCCCAGAGUCCACGCUGAGAAACCGCCAGCGCCUCUGGGAGCACCGUGCAUCGGGUCCCUUUUUCUGAGGAGACGUCCCAUCCUCCCCGGCACGUUUGGGGGACGUCUGUCCCCUCCUGGUGCCCAGAAUCCCUGGGCAGGUGUCAGCCACUGGAAGGCCACAGGGCGGGGUGCGAAUCAUGCUUCGUGUAGCAAUACUUCGACCACUGCGCGGGCUGACUGGCAGGUGAGAGGUUCUGUGUCUUACAAAGAGGCCACCUACAAACGCCCAUGGAGGCGGAGAGGGUACAGAAGGUCUCAGGACCUCAGACAUCUGCGUCUCCUGUGGCCACGGCCGCUGUCGGAGUAAGUAAGUGGGCUCCUCUCCUCCCUGGCUGCUGAAGGCCUGGCCAUCACUGCCCAGCACUGACGAGAGGAGGCCGGGGAGGGCCCCGGAGGCCUGUGUAUGACGUGGAAGUGGAUGGACCUCAUUCCUCUCUUCGGGGCUCACCCUUCUAAAUCCUGGGGCGAGGGAUCUGGCAGCACCAAAAUAGCUGGCACAUGUGACCUGGCAAGAGGCAGGGCAAGUACGUGUGUGUUUUAUCGAGGUGUGAUUGGCAUGAAAGACUGCACAUGAGGAGUGUGAAAUGUUUCGUCAUGGUUACACGCCUGAGGAACCAUGACCGAACCACGACAGUGACCGUGUCCAACAGCAGCACAAGGGACUCCUUUAGAGCCCUGUCCUCCCAGGCCUUUCAAACCCCUUUCCCACAAUUUGCAAACAGCAAGCAUUUUCCAGAUUUUUAUGCUUUCUGGGGAUGGGGCUUUUCAUUAAUCAGAAUUGUUUUCAGAUUAACCCAUCUUGUUACAUGUACCAAUGGUUUAUUCAUUUGUAUUGUUGGGUGUUAUUCCAUUGUAUGGAUAUUUGGGUUGUUUUCCAGUUUUUGGCUAUUGCAAAUAAAGCUGCUGUGACUCUCA